AUGCACCAUGGUGUUUCUCCACACAGGCUAUUCCUCAUUAUAUUAAAUGAAGAAGUAGUGGAGCUCCCGGAAGGAUUCUUUGGGGUUCUUUCCUUCCUGCAGAUGAAAAAAAUCUGGCUCAGCUUCAAUUUGUUGACCUCUGUGCCGGCCUUCAAAAGCGACAGCCUAGAAAUACUCGAUCUUUACAACAAUAAGAUAACGAGUGUGGAGUUCGACAGAUGGGCGACUCCCAAAUUGAGAGAACUCGAUCUAGAGAACAAUUUGUUGACCUCUGUGCCGGCCUUCAAAAGCGACAGCCUGGAGUUUCUCUAUCUUGACAACAAUAAGAUCACGAGAGUGGAGUUCGACGGAUGGGCGACUCCCAAAUUGAGAGAACUCUGGCUCAACAACAAUUUGUUGACCUCUGUGCCGGCCUUCAAAAGCGACAGCCUAGAAAUACUCAAACUUCACGACAAUAAGAUCACGAGUGUGGAGUUCGACGGAUGGGCCACUCCCAAAUUGAGGGAAUUCGUCAUUGACGCAAGACAGCAAAAGCCGCGCCACGAGGGAUGUAAUGAGGGGAGGCCAUCGCUAGAGCGCACAUGCUGUGAGAGUCCGUUACGACCGCGAUUCCUCAUUGAAGACAAUACAGAAGUAGUGGAGCUCCCGAAAGGAUUCUUUGGGGUUCUUUCCUUCCAGCAGAUAACGAUAAACAACACUGCAGUCAAGAAGGUCCACUCGUCAGCCAUGCUCCCUUUAAAACACUUGCUGGCAGAUCUUGGUAUUUACAGUAGUCUUCUGAAGAGCUUUCCAUUUCAUAUUCUUCAUGUAUUCCAACACCUGAAACAACUCUAUCUCUACAACAAUUUGUUGACCUCUGUGCCGGCCUUCAAAAGCGACAGCCUAGAAAUACUCAAUCUUAGAGACAAUAAGAUCACGAGUGUGGAGUUCGACGGAUGGGCGACUCCCAAAUUAAGAGAACUCUAUCUAGAGAACAAUUUAUUGACCUUUGUGCCGGCCUUCAAAAGCGACAGCCUAGAAAUACUCAAUCUUCACAACAAUAAGAUCACGAGUGUGGAGUUCGACGAAUGGGCGACUCCCAAAUUGAGGUUAUUCUCCAUUGCACGAAAUCCUCUGUCGGGGCUCCCUUCUGCAGCAAUCAAGGGCAUGAAGAAUCUGGAAGAGUUCUACUGUUCAGAGUCUACUCUCGGACCAACCCUUUCACGAGGUGUACUGGAAUUCCAGAGCAAGGCCUUGAAACUAGUAACGCUCUGGGGCAACAACAUUUCCGAAGUGGAGCAAGGAGCCAUCACAGGUCUAGGACCUAAUACCGAGGUUCAACUUACCAACAACGAAAUUGUUGUCUUGUCUGAGGAGAGUUUCCGCCCAAUAUUGCACAUCCUCUCGAAGGGAGAUGGAGUCCUCACGCUACCAGGCGGAGUGAUCGGAUGCGGACGACUCAGCACCAUUCAACAUGGAUCCUUUACUGUCGAGUCUUGUGGCAGCCCAUCUGAAGAGAUUGCUAAAAGAAGCAAUGCUAGCUGCAUUCAAGAUGAAACCUAUGCAUUUUCGAGCAUCGUUAGAUACAGAUGCGAGAAAUAUUAUGAACUUCAGGGACCGGAAUUCAGAAGAUGUGCGGAGGAAGGAGAAUGGACCGGACCCAUCCCGUUUUGUAAGCCAGUAUGCGGAAAGAAGGCAAGUCAAAUUCAACUAUCCGCAGGAGGAAAUCCAUCCGAAAUUGGAGAAUGGCCAUGGCAAGCGGCCAUUUAUGACAUCAAGAUUGGAGAUGUUAUAUGUGGAGGGGCUCUCAUUAGGGAAGAAUGGGUGCUAACAGCUGCCCAUUGUGUCGUUGUAGAUGGUACCAUCAGAACUCGGCACUCUGAAGAAAUUUUUGUUUACCUUGGGAAGCAUUUCCGAUCUUACAUCAAAAAAGACGAACACGUGUCUCGCAUAAUCUUGCACAGGGACUUCAACGUACAUAAUAACUACGACUCGGAUAUAGCUUUAUUGAAACUAGGAAAACCUGCUGUGCUAACGGCACGAGUUCAGUUGGUAUGUCUCCCGAACCGAUUUGAUUUAUCUGAGGCAAACCUCGACAGUGGAGUGCCAGGAUGGGUGGCCGGUUGGGGUUAUGACGGAUCGGAUGAACUCGCCGCUGUCCUGACGGAGGUUCAACUCCCGGUCAUAUCAAAUCGCAAAUGUGUUCGGGACACCCUUCGUUUCACGGGAGACCCCAGCGUCACUCGUACCCUCACCUCAAAUAUGUUCUGCGCUGGUUUUUCCGUGGAUACUCCUAUUGAAGAUUUUCGAACAGUUUGUAAAGGGGAUUCGGGGAGUCCCAUGGUCUUCUUCUCCAAUACAUCGCAUGACGGCCACUGGACGAUAGAAGGGAUCGUGAGUCACUUUUUCCAGAAAGGUGCUUGUUCCAUGAGACGCCCUGGGCAGUAUGGCAUUUUCACCAAAGUUAAUAGAGUGCGAUCGUCGGUCGGAAAGUCACACGCGAGAGUGUGGCGUUUCUGCGGUUCUCAGUUCGAGACCGUCAUGGGGCAUCCGGAACAAGGAGAAUCUGUCCCGAGCCGUCCCGCUUCCAACGAAGAACACGGGCUCGAUCGAAUCGAGCGCCUCGAAAGCGGAUUUCCGUACUUCCCCGUGACAAAUCCGGCACGACUUGCAUCUGGGAGAAAUUCAGAGACAAAGAAAUGCGGAGUGAUCGGAUGCGGACAACUCAGCACCACUCAACAUGGAUCCUUUACUAUCGAGUCUUGUGGCAGCCCAUCUGAAGAGAUUGCUAAAAGAAGCAAUGCUAGCUGCAUUCAAGAUGAAACCUAUGCAAUUUCGAGCAUCGUUAGAUACAGAUGCGAGAAAUAUUAUGAACUGCAGGGACCGGAAUUCAGAAGAUGUGCAGAGGAUGGAGAAUGGACCGGACCCACCCCGUUUUUAUGCGGAAAGAAGGCAAGUCAAAUUCAACUAUCCGCAGGAGGAAAUCCAUCUGAAAUUGGAGAAUGGCCAUGGCAAGCGGCCAUUUAUGACAUCAAGAUUGGAGAUGUUAUAUGUGGAGGGGCUCUCAUUAGGGAAGAAUGGGUGCUAACAGCUGCCCAUUGUGUCGUUGUAGAUGGUACCAUAAGAACUCGGCACUCUGAAGAAAUUUUUGUUUACCUUGGGAAGCAUUUCCGAUCUUACAUCAAAAAAGACGAACACGUGUCUCACAUAAUCUUGCACAAGGAAUUCAACUUUUAUAAUAACUACGACUCGGAUAUAGCUUUAUUGAAACUAAGAAGACCUGCUGUGCUGACGGCGCGAGUUCAGUUGGUAUGUCUCCCAAUCCGAUUUGAUUUAUCUGAGGCGAACCUCGACAGUGGAGUGCCAGGAUGGGUGGCUGGUUGGGGUUAUGACGGAUCGGAUGAACUCGCCGCUGUCCUGACAGAGGUUCAACUCCCAGUGAUAUCCAAUCGCAAAUGUGUUCGGGACACCCGCAAUUUCACGGGAGACCCCAGCGUCACUCGUACCCUCACCUCAAAUAUGUUCUGCGCUGAUUUUCGAACAGUGUGUAAAGGGGAUUCGGGGAGUCCCAUGGUCUUCUUCUCCAAUACAUCACAUGACAACCACUGGACGAUGGAAGGGAUCGUGAGUCACUUUUUCCAGAAAGGUGCUUGUUCCAUGAGACGCCCAGGGCAGUAUGGCAUUUUCACCAAAGUUAAUAGGUUCACCCAGUGGAUCAACAGGGUAAUACAUAGUGGCUUCUGACAAAAUCACAAUUGAUUCAACUAUAUGCAAAACCUUGACAUCC